CAAAGUGGCACGACAUAGUAUUCUGAUCGCUUAAUUUUCAUGGAGGGAAUUUUUCUGUUUUCGUUGUAAUUUAGAGCUCAUUAAGAUCCAUUACCUUUAUAACAAAGCUGAUUCUUAAAUCAGCAUGCCGUCUUUGCUUCCUCAGUGUGGCCUGGAAAGGAAAUACACAAAGAAUUCACAUAAUCACUUGAACUCUGCAUCCAAUUUUCCUACCCCAGAGGAGAAUAUAAGUAGGGGGGAUUUUUCUGAAUUACAGUUUACAGGACUGUAAUGGUUCUCUGAUGUAUCCAGGCGCCAGCAAAAGCAUAUGCUGAGCUUCUCUAUGACUUGAAUACUGUAGUUGUUGAAAACAGACCUUGAAGCAUUCUGAAGAAAUAGGUAAUGGAGAUGUUCUUGGACAAACAGCAAAAUUUAGCAUACUUUGUUGACACAUACCAAUUGUAGUAUACAAAAGCAUGCAGAAACAAAGUGAUUGUAUUUUAAAUGAUAACUGUGAUUAUCACAUCUUUUGUGGUUAAUUAAACAUUCAAUAUCUGAGGCUCAACCUCUUCAAAACCUCUAUGACACAAGAGUAAAUAGCAAGACAUACUUUGAGUGGUUCGGCUAAUGAUAAGGUGUGAAACUGUGAUGGAAAACAAGGAUGUUAAAAAGCAGAUGUUGCAACUAGCUCACAGAUGGCACUAAUAUUUACGUUGCUGCAGGAUAUACAUUGUUAUAUGGGUUACAUGAAAGUGGAAAAAAGGUAUGUGUGCUAAUGAAACAUAAUGGUUGGGGCCACAGCUGCAGAGGGGGUUGCUGCUGGUAUUUAUUUUAGGCAGGCAACAUAUUCCACUCAUUCAGACUGGGAUACCAGAGAGGUGGAUAACAAGGAGGCAGCAAGAAACUGGUAGGUAUACUGCAGCAACAUUGGAAUAAAUUGUGUGUAUUUAUCUUUAAAAUAUUCUUUAUCUUUCCUUAAGUGAUCAUGCGGACAUUGGUGUUCAUCCUCUUGAUGGAAAUGGUGGAUGUGAACAUCAGCCAGCAGUACAGCCCCUUCCAGUGGCUGUCCCAAUUGCGGGGCCGGAGGCAGAAUGCAGGCUGGCAGUCAGAGGCUGUAGAUUGCCCCCUGGAGUGUGAUUGUCCAACAGCCUACCCCACAGCUAUGUACUGUCACAGCCGCAACCUGCAGCACAUUCCCUAUGUUCCAUCACACAUAAAGUAUGUCUACCUGCAGCGUAACCAAAUCACAGGCAUUCAGGAUGGAGUGUUCGACAACGCCACUAACCUGGUGUGGAUGAUUUUGUCGCAUAACCAGCUCAGCUCGGAGAAAAUCAGCGACAGUGUCUUUGUCAAGCUGGGAAGCCUGGAUCGACUCUACCUGGAUAACAAUGAACUGACCCAUGUGCCUCAUAAUUUACCAAGAUCCCUCACCGACCUGCGACUUUCCUACAACAAAAUCACAAACAUCUCCAAAUUAUUUGAGUCCAUGCCCAACCUCACCAUCCUUCAACUUCAGGGAAAUGUCAUAGAAGAGGUAGAAGGUGGGUUAAUGGGACUAGAAUCUCUUAUGAUACUGGACAUGAGCAAAAACAAGCUAAGGAAAAUUCCUGACAGCUUUCCCAAAGAACUACAACAGCUCUACCUGGAGCAUAACAACAUAAAGAGCGUCCCAGCUGGUUUUCUUACCAUGCAUCCUAAUCUGCAAUUUAUCCGCUUGAGUCACAACAGUUUGACUGAUGAAGGACUUCCCACCAGUGUCUUCAAUACCAGCACACUCGUUGAGCUUGACCUGUCCUUCAACAAACUGGAGAAGAUCCCUCUUGUUAGUAGGAACCUGGAAAACCUGUAUCUGCACGCAAAUAAGAUCAAAGAGUUUUCCCUGAGCAGUUUCUGUGACACGAUUGAUGGAACAAACUUCUCUAAGCUGAAAGUGCUGCGUUUGGAUGCCAACAAAAUCAGCAUCAGAGACAUUCCUGUUGAAGCUGCCUACUGUUUACGACUAGUUUCUUCUAUUAAUGUUUAGAACUUCCUGUUCUUUCAUGAGUUGAGUUCAUCUCUAACUCAUACUCUCUUAUUGUUGCAAUGUCUGCUUCAUUGGUCAAGAAAUGUUUUAUUAAACAGUUAUGUUAUUAUCA